GACAUAGACUAAAAAAAGCAAUUUCUGGUGGAUGCCGCCGAACAUAUUACAUUUGCAAUCCGGUCACAUUUCAGUGUGUCUUUAUUUUUAUAAAUAAAUUAUUUUUGGAUCGUAGUGCCGUAGCAGCAAUUAGAAACGAAAUGGACGCCAGAAAUUUGAUCGAAUUAUUGGAAAUGACCACCAAUCCGGAUCCCGUAAACAUUACACAAGCGGAGGAACGGCUAAGUCAGAUGAAAAAGAUCAUCGAAUUUGCGCCGACACUGCUGCGAAUUGUGAUGCAAAAUGAUCUGGGCAUACCGGUACGACUGGCCGGUUCGAUUUAUUUGAAAAAUUUGAUCGUUCAGAAUUGGCAAGAUCGUGAAAUUGAAGUUGGUGCGCCCGUCGUUUAUUCGAUACACGAACAGGAUCGGGCGAUCAUUCGCGAAAAUAUCGUCGAGGCUAUCGUACUCACACCGGAACUGGUACGAGCCCAGUUAGCACAGUGUGUCAAUCACAUCAUAAAGUACGAUUUCCCGGGCAGAUGGACACAAAUUGUCGAUAAAAUCAACAUCUACUUCCAGAAUCCAGAUUUCAACGGAUGGUCGGGAGCAUUGAUCUGCCUUUAUCAAUUAGUCAAAAAUUACGAAUACAAAAAGUCCGAAGAACGAACGCCGAUCAACGAAGCCAUGAAUCUGUUGCUGCCUCGAAUCUAUCAACUGAUGAUCAAUCUGAUGACCGAUUCGACGGAACAGAGCGUUCUGCUGCAGAAACAAAUCCUGAAAAUCUAUCACGCCCUCACACAAUUCUCACUGUCACUGGACCUGAUAUCGCAAGAAGUGUUCUCGCACUGGAUGGAAAUCUGUCGACAAGUGGUCGAUCGGCCAGCGCCCGAUUCGUCGCAUGUAUCCGAAGAGGAGCGUCCCGAUUUGCCAUGGUGGAAAGUGAAGAAGUGGGCCCUGCACAUUUUGGCGCGAAUGUUCGAACGAUACGGCAGUCCGGGCAAUGUGGUGAGUCGGGAAUAUCAGAGCUUCGCCGAAUGGUAUCUGCCGACGUUUACCAAUGGCAUACUGAACGCUAUGCUAAAGGUGCUCGACCAAUAUCGUAACAACAUUUACGUGUCGCCGAGAGUUCUAACGGAGAUUUUGAAUUACAUCAAAACAUGUAUCCUGCACGCAUACUCAUGGAAACUGAUCAAACCUCACAUGUUGGCCAUCAUUCAAGACGUCAUCUUUCCGAUCAUGUCGCACACUGAAGCGGAUCAAGCACAAUGGGACUCCGAUCCGUACGAAUACAUUCGACUCAAAUUCGAUGUGUUCGAAGAGUUCGAGACACCGGUUCCUGCAGCUAGAAAUCUGUUCCACCAGUGCUCGAAGAAACGGAAAGGCAUUUUACCAAAAACGAUGAAUUUCAUCAUGCAAAUCAUCGGCACACCGAAUGUGGACGCCAAGCAGAAAGACGGUGCAUUUCACAUGGUCGGCACGUUGGCCGACGUUCUGCUGAAGAAGAAAAUCUAUCGCGACAACAUGGAACAGAUGCUGACCACGUACGUGUUCCCCGAAUUCCAAAGUCCGUACGGUCAUUUGCGAGCGCGUGCCUGCUGGGUGUUGCACAGUUUCAGCGAAAUCAAAUUCAAGAAUCAGCAAGUGCUCGCAGAAAUCAUGCGACUGACUGCGAACGCACUGCUGACCGACACCGAGUUACCAGUGAAAGUCGAAGCGGCCAUUGUCAUCCAAAUGUAUCUAUCGUCGCAGGAGAAGGCGGCCCCAUUCUUGGAACCACAGAUCAAACCCAUCACACUGGAGCUGCUGACCAUCAUACGUGAAACGGAAAACGAUGAUUUGACGGGCGUCAUGCAGAAAAUCGUUUGCACGUACACGGAACAAUUGGUGCCGAUAGCCGUGGAGAUUUGCCAACAUUUAGCGUCGACAUUCAGCCAAGUGCUGGAAUCGGAAGAUGGAUCCGAGGACAAAGCCAUCACGGCUAUGGGCUUGAUCAAUACCAUCGAAACGUUGCUGACCGUCAUGGAAGAGUAUCCGCAAAUCACGAACCUGUUGCGGCCGAUUGUCAUGGGUGUGGUUGGGCAUGUGUUUCAACACAAUAUCCUCGAAUUCUACGAAGAAACGUUCUCGUUGGUGUACGAUUUGACGACCAAAGUGAUCACACCGGAUAUGUGGCAGAUGUUAGAACUAAUUUACCAGGUUUUCAAAAAGGAUGGCUACGACUAUUUCGUCGACAUGAUGCCUGCCUUGCACAAUUACGUUACCGUAGACACACCCGCAUUCUUAUCGAACCAAAACUAUAUUUUAGCCAUUUUCGAUAUGUGCAAAUCGAUUUUAACUGGAGAUCCGGGUGAAGAUCCAGAAUGUCAUGCAGCUAAACUGAUCGAGGUCAUUAUUUUGCAAUGCAAAGGACAAAUUGACAAUUGCAUUAGAAGCUUUAUCGAAUUGGUUCUGGGACGAUUAACACAGGAAAUCAAGUCCUCCGAACUACGCACCAUGUGUCUUCAAGUUGUGAUUGCAGCUAUUUACUAUAAUCCUCAACUUCUACUCCAAACGCUUGAUCAAAUCCAAGUGCAAAUGCAAACGCAAGUGUCCGAACCACUCGCUUCACACUUCAUAAAGCAGUGGAUUCACGACACAGACUGCUUUCUGGGCAUACACGACCGGAAGCUGUACGUCAUCGGCAUCUGUACGCUGAUGUCGAUGGGCGACGAAAAACCGGCCGUGUUGAUGGAAUUGGCACCAAAGAUUUUACCAUCGUUGAUGUUGGUAUUCGAGGGUCUGAAGCGUGCGUACGAGGCUCGCGCUCAAGACGACGAGGAGGAGGAGAGCGAAGACGACGAAGACGACUUUUUCGAAGGUGAAGCGCUGUCCAGUGAUGAGGAUGAAGUGGAUGAAUUCAACGAGGGCUAUCUGACGAAAAUGAAAGGUCUUGUGGAGAAAAAGGCUGGCGAGCACGGUAUCGAAAUGACGGCCGAAAUAAGGGUAAGAGUUCCGGAGCGUGUCGCAUUUUCCCGAACUGACGGAAAUCUAUGUUCCACCCAAAAUCAGGAAGAGGACGAUGAUGAUGAUUCCGAUGCGGAUGAUGACACCGACACCGAAUUGGAUGAAACAGCACUGGAAAGCUAUACCACUCCGAUUGACGACGAAUCGACCGAUAAUCCGAUUGACGAGUUCGUUACGUUUCAGCAAGUGAUGACAAUUAUGUCAACGCAAGAUAAAGGAUACUAUUCGUUGUUGGUGAACAGUUUGAGUGCGGAUGAGCAACAAAGUUUACAAAGUCUUAUGGUACUGGCCGAACAGAAGAAAGCACAAAUUCAAUCCAAACAAAUUGAACGACAAGGAGGUUAUGCAUUUUCGCAGCACACCAUUCCAACAUCAUUUCAAUUCAACAAACCCUAAUCAUCACUCAGUUACUGUAUACCAAAAGGAAACCCAAUUUUUGUUUUAGAUUU